GCCCCGCCCCCUACGCCGACGUGGGCGGUCCGUGUCCGCCAUGUCCCCGUCUCUGUUGUAAACACAGCCCGUGGUGAGGCGGUCGUCUCUGCGUUCUUAUUCUUCUUCUUCCUCCACCGCCUCUCUCCUUCGUUCCUCGCCCAGACUCCCCCCCCCUCCACCCUACCCACCACUCCUCACACGGACAUCACCGCGACGAAGGAUAACAGGCGCCGAACGUCGACUUGCCCAGGACUCUCGGCUUCCCCGUCAUCCUUCCUUGACGUGAGCGACCCAAGUAUUUGUUGUCAGCUUCGGUGCACAGUUGCCGUGGAUGAUGUCAUUUCCUCUGGACGCAGUCAUGCUGUCAGCCACCCAGAUUUACAUCAUUCUCAUGGUGCACAUCACAGCCUUCCUCAACUUCUGCCCGGCCAGCGGUUUCAUCAUCGCGACGCGGGACAACUACUCGACAAUGUUCGAUGACCGCCUCUCCUCCUUCGGCAAUCAGCUGCCCGAGCAAGGCCUCAAGGGUUACCUGGUGCCCGUGCAACCGGAAGAGGAAGGGUGCCACAUUCUGAGCCCUCCGCCCAAGAAGCACAACGCCACCUACUUCAUAGCCCUCAUCCGCAGGGGCGGCUGCAACUUUGAUGUCAAGGUGCUGCGAGCCCAGGAGGCCGGCUACAAGGCUGCCAUCGUGCACAACAUCAACUCGGAGCAGCUGGUCACCAUGUCAUCCGACGACGUGACCAUCUUCAGACAGAUAAUCAUUCCAUCGGUGUUCGUUGGCGAGACAGCGGGCCUUCUCCUGAAGACCUACUACUCGUACAGCGAUGAUGCCGUCGUAUUCUUGGGAGCCAAGGACCCCUUCUCGCUGGAGUAUCUCUUCAUCCCGUUCCUCGUCAUCGUCGGGCUGUGCCUCGUGAUCCUGCUCGUGUUCGGGGUGGCGCGUUGCGUGCGCGAGCGCCGGCGAGCCCGCAGGAACCGGUUGAGCAAGAGGCAGCUCAAGAAGAUCCCCAUGCACCGCUUCGAGAAAGGGGACAGCUACGACGUGUGUGCCAUCUGCCUGGAGGAGUACGAGGAAGGGGAGAGGCUCCGGGUGCUACCCUGUGCUCACGCGUUCCACUGCAAGUGCGUGGACCCGUGGCUGACGCAGCAGCGCAAGAACUGCCCCGUGUGCAAGCGCAAGGUGGUGCGCUCGCACGGCUCCGACUCCGAGUCCGAGUCGGACGCCGAGUCGGGCGCGCGUGGCGGCGGCGGCGGCGGCCGCGACGACGACGACGACGACAACAACGACGACGCCUCCGAGACGACGCCGCUGCUGCGCUCGCCGGCAGGACGCCCGCCGGCGCCGUCGUUCGGCUCCACGACCGGAGCCUCGAACGUCGCCGCCGCCGAAGACGACGACGGCGGCGACGACGACGGCGGCGACGACGGCGGGCGGAGGGCGGCCGCCGAUUCGUCCGACGAGGAAGCGGGGAGGGGGGCUUGCGGACCGCGCGGCGCCGCGGACGGCACCGAGGCCCCGGAGGAUGGAGGGGGGCGCGGGAGGAAACGCAAGGGAACCGCGGAGCGUCCGGCGUCGCCCUCCCGCGCCGCCGGCGCCGCCGCCGGCGUCACGGUACAGGUCCACACGGACAGCGGGGAGGAUCGCCGGGAUCGUCCCGGAUCUGGCAGCGGGCGGGGGGGGUGACCCCGCGCCGACCCUGAUCAUUUAAACCGCAGCCACCGAGGGGGCGGGCGGUGUUUCUCCGUUUGUUCGUUUCUCCGUUUGUGCGGGCGUGUUAACGGUCGAGAGCGAUCCGUCGGUUAACGUAGAUUUGCGCGCGCGAUUGCGCGGAUCGAAUCGCCUGUCAAGGAAUGAGAAUCAAGCGCCGUCCUUUUUGUUGUUUCGUCAGUUCCCCGUAAGGUUGCACGUUGAAAGAAAACAGUUCAGAGGCCCUCUGGAAAAGGAGGGAUUGGAAGGAAAUUGUGGUAGUGGGGUGGGGGGGGGGGGGUCCAGGCCGACGACAACAACAGCCGCAGCUAAUACACACGUUGUAGGUAAUUGGCUAACGUGAGACAAUACCCCCCCCCCCGCGCCUCCCACCCCCCGCAGCAAAACUUGAUACACAAAUCAGUUCGCGCCAACGGCGUUCGCAGGAGAGGGAGAUGACACUCGAAUGGACUCGACAGUUCGUAGGGGGUCCGGCGAAGGCCAAUUGGUUUUUAGACGCCUCCCAUUGGGUUUUUUUAUUUUCCGGCCCCCCCCCCCACACAACCCACGGCCUACCCCCCUCCUCCCCCCCCCUCGUUAAACAAAACCUCGUGGUGAAGUAUGGUCAACCCCCGUGGUGGGAGUGGGGGUGGGGGGGUAUUGACAAUAGGCUUGAACACUGCCGAUAGCCCCCCCCCCCCCCCCCCAUUCACCUAGGGCCGGAGGUUUUGUUGUGUCAAUGGCGCGCGUUUAAAUUGCAGGUCCUUCGUGCCCCCUCCGCCUUGAGUGGCGGGCCGUGGCCGUGCGGCCUGCCUGCAGCUUCCCCGGCCGCUUUGUAACACUUCAUUGCUUCCGCUCGUUUUCAACGUUGCGACGUCGCCAAACGAAAUAGCCGCCGGCGGGGAGGAGGCGAUCGAUUGUCAGCGGCGAUUACUAAACGAAAAACAAACAAACUCGUCACUUGGAACAAAACAAAAACUGUUACUAUUCCUUCGGUAAUGUUUCUUGAAUAUCGACCGACCGAUCGAUCGAUCGAUUUUUUUUUUUAAACUGAUUAUCGUUUUACUGUUGGAACUGGGCCAGGUGACUCGGCGGUUGAGUGAGAGCGACUCGCAGUCAGAAAGUCGAAGUUCAACUCCUAGAUGGGGGUUCAGCACUCAGCCCAUCAUCCCUCCAGGAUCAACGAAGUACCACUUUAUUUAGAGACUUGUUUCCCUCCCACCCCUCCCCCCCCCCCCAUCAUAGGAAUGGGGAAUUUCCACCACUGGCUCAGUACUGUAAAUAGAUAGGGGAUUAGCAUGCUGCGAUGCUCAUUUUAACAAGAAAUCAAUGUAAAACAAAAAAAAUGUUUAACUUUAAUUCCAGUUUCAUUCGCAACCCACGACGAGUUGUGCCUUCGAGCAGUGCGACAGCUUCCAAACAAAAACACGACCGAGGUGGCGGGCGGGCGGGCGGGCGGGCGGGCGGGCGGACGAUCGAGUUUGAAAAGCCGGCGUGAGUACGUUAUCGGGGGACGAGCCCAAUAAUGUCCACGCUGAAACGCCGCUCGCAACGCGUUGGGGCCGGGAGCAGCGCGGCUGUAAGAAAGAAGUCAACCGCGCGGCCCUGGUGUGCCCGGGUCCCCCUUAUUUCGUGCGUCAUUUGCCCCGACGCGAUAGACACACAGGGCGGCGGGGUGAACGGCCGUGGCCUCGCUGGUUGCGUGAGAGCCCCAUGGCGCCCGUGCUCUUCCGCGCUGCGUUCCGUUUUCGUGCCGCUCCUCUCGACAUCGGCAGCGCGGUCCGCCCGUGGUCAUUUAGUCAGAACGGUGUCAGACCCACCCCAACCACCGCCCCUCCAACCACCCGCCCCCCCCCCACCACCCGCCCCUUGGCUUUCACCGUUUAAAGUUGAACGGUUGUUUUAAAGUUAUUUUCUGUUAUGGAUGACGCUCCGCUCCCCGUAUUUUGUUACGGUAAAACAAGGGCUGCUGCAAGUAGACUUUGAAGUGCAUGCUGUGCCGGGAAGAAAGCGUGAAGUUUGUUUUCUCAAUACAUUUUCCCCGACAAUUAUUAUUCUUUUCUGAUCUUGUAAUCGUAAGUUAGGUGCCAAUAUGUAUUUAGCGUACGAUAAGUUACUACUGCGUAGGUCUCCGCGGUUGUGCUGCUGCUGCUGUGCGUAGCUCUCGGCCGCGUGUUCUGGUUGUGACGCUCGCCCUGACGUUGUUCGCCACGAGGUCCGACGUUUCGCCCCACGUGCCCGGGACCUUCUUCUGGGACUGAAUUGAGCCUCGUACCCUCUCACUCGAUUACACGGGCGCCGCCAUGGCGAGAUGUUAGCUCCCUCGCCCGGUAUGCAGGAGGUCGUGGUUCGAUCCCGACCCCCGAUGCCUGUUUUAUAUUUGGGGUUUGCAUGUUUUCGUUCCCCGUGGUCGCGUGGAGUUUUCACCCGGGUCCUCUGGUUUUUCUCUCCACGGUUAAAAUCCCACGUGCAUGUCGAGUAUUUUGGCUGCUGUACAUUGCAACAUGAUGAGCCGCUUUGUUGAGCUAUCAUUUGUGGCCAGGUCGCUUCUGCAAAGAGAGCUACACAUCGCUCAGUGGGCUAUGCAGCCGGCGCUGCUGUAUUGGUUCAGCUCUUGACGCAGGUCACUCGCUGUUGGGUUUUAUCCUCCCAGCACGUGCGCUGAAACGUCGAGACGUUGUGUCCAAACAACACGCGGUACAACCCCCGAAAUGUACGGAGAGCUGUACACGAAGUUCUUUAAAGUGCUAUUAAUAAGGAGCAUUUUUGUAUUUGCCCGUUACUACCGUCAAUGCAGAUUUAUUUUCACGCGAACGUUAACCCUGACCGCACUUUUAUGACUCUGCCACCACCGACCCACCCACGAAUUAGUUAAACACCCUGCAGGAGAGGCCCCGGAUCCCUGUAAUUCCAGGGUCAGUUCGGUCUUUACGAUUGGUCGAGAUGGGUUGGAGGCAGGAACACAGCAAACGCGCAGCAGCAGCAGCAGCAUCCCGCGGAAGGGUCGACCGCGCUGCGUGGUGGCGUUGCAACGUAUCCGGAACCCUCCCCCCCCGCACCCCCCCCGUCUCGGCCAACCCAGACGCGCGUUCGUUUUGCCGUGUACAUAUAGAGUCGAAAUAAAUAAAAAUACACGAUAAAAAAAAGCGGACCCAACGACGUAAGAUGUUUAAAAUGGCUCGGCCGUUAACGAACACGUGCAAGUUUGCGGUGCUGGUCGCGAAUCGGACGUUCAUUUCCCCGAGUGUUGACGAUGGUUAUUCUCAUGGGGAUUGUCACUGGUCCUUGCCGUGUACUCCAGACAUCGAUGCAAGCUUGCUCUUACGUACCCAUUAAUCCAUGUGUGUGUAUGUUGAACUUUUGGCACCGUACGUGGCCAACCGCACUAAUUGGAGGUGCGGUGGAAGGACGGAAAACUACGCACAACAAAUCGGUUCUAAAGAAAUUAGUUUGUCAAUCUAGAUGAUGAUUUAAAAGCGCACAGUUCCAGUGGCUUCCUAAUUUCGGGAAGGAAGAGCGUUCCAGACGGCCGCAGAAGCGCAUCUAAAAACGCGUGAUGCGGUGGUGACCGUCUUUGUUCGAUGGCCAGCAGAGAGAGACUUACCCCCGGACGGUACAUCAAGGCCAUGCAUGUCACUUUCUCGACCCUCCCAAUAAAAAACCCACUUCACAAAUUGACACUUUAACUUUUUUUCCGUGCAUUUUUUUCAAUUUCGUGAAAUGCAAGUAGUGUCCAAAGCUGCCGAUAACCGGUGCAAUUUAUAUUUUACAAAAAAAUCCCAUUCCUGAGAAAGCUUUGCUUUAAUAGGCGUUUUUAUCCACGUUGCUUCAUUUACCGUGGACGGCUGCAACACCGGGGAGUCGGCAGAGUUGCGUCCGGGUCUGCCACUACGCUAGCGCAAACUGCCCUGGUUUUUCCCCUUGGAUUGUCCUUUCUGCUGUUUGUGUGUUUGAGCCGGUAAAAUCUGUCGGUCGUCCUCGGGGACAAUAAUCUGCAUUUCGAUACAUCGCUCGUGAAGUUCUGCCCCCCCCACCCUCCCCUGUUUUUUUCUUCUCGCUGCAUGUCCCCCGGUUUGGUUUGCGUCUCCGAGGUGAACCUAUUCGUACGUUGUUGCAUGCAACGGAGAGUGUGGCACUGCGAUCGGUUGGACCGAAGUCACACGGGAGCGUCGUGGAAUUUCAACGCAAAAAUUACAGAUUGCGUGUUUCCCCACCCCCCCUCCCUCCCCCCACAGACAUACACACCACUCAAUGUGUGGCAGCAUGGUUAUGUUUAAUGAUAAAGUCUAUCACGUGUGUUCAUAAAGGUAACCAUCAUACCCAU